UCCAGCUGACGGAUAUCCAGCGAUACGCUGCGGCGGGAGUCAUGGCUCUGGCAUUGAACGAGUCGCACCGGCAUAGCCUCGGGAAGUACGAGCCCCGCCGCGCCGUAGAUGACGAUGACGACGAAGCGGAAGCCAACUCCUGGAUCGAGGGAAACUCCCUCCUCUUCACGCACGUCUUCAGAUCUCUUGACGUGGAUCCUAAGGCAUGGCCAGGACUUGUACGUACUGCUGCCUCCGGUGACGCUGAGCUCCAUUUGUGUGCGUUCCUAAAUAUACUGUCUGAGGGGGAUGAAAGUGAGGGUGAGGAGGAGGAGGAGGAGGAUGAGAAGAAGGGUGCCGAUCGCACUGGGUCCUUGGAGUGGAAUGGAACAGAGAAGUCGGACAACGAGGGAUGCGAGGAGCCAUUGAGUGCGUCAAACUGGUGCAACGAAGACCGGUCGGGUAGCAAAAGCGGUGCGUCUCAUGCCUCCGCAACAGUGGAUGCUGACGUAAAACGCCAGGGGCAGGAUGGCGCUGCGGUGCAAGCGACUGAUUGCUUGCCUUGCAGGUCUUUUGCAGACCCUGUGUCUUUUGAAAAGGCUGACGACAAGGAGAUAAAGGAAAGUGGAAGGGAGAGCGGUGAUGGUGAUCACGACGUCAGAGACCAAAGCGGGUGUGUAAGAUCACAACCGCCUCCUCCGAUAACGUCAACAGCAAUGGCGAUCAGUAAUCGCCCAACUGACAUAGAUGACCGGCAGAACGAAGGGGAAGGCAGUCGGGAGGGGGGGCUAGCAAUGUUCCCUUCAACUUCUUCGAUGAUGUCAACAGAAACUGGACCGUCGAGUUCGUCUAGGGCGGCAGCUGGACGGGCAAGGAUACAGUUACGUCUCCCUCGCGGUCUCAGGAGAAUAGACAUGCUAUUGGAGUUGGUGCAAGUGUGCGUAGCGGAUGAUUCCGUCCAUGAUUCUUCGGAGACGGUUCCUUGUCGUGGUUAUGAUGCAAGGGCCAGGGUGGCCCUGCGGCUGAUUGCUGCCUGGUUUGGACUUGCUGCCCCUGCGAUAGGAGCAGGAGUCGCUGCCUUCACGACUGGAUCGAUUGCAGCGGCAGCAACUGCCGCAUCCACAACUGUCGGGUCUGCAGCAGUAGCAGGAGCCUUUGGAGCUGCGGGUGCAGGGCUAACCGGUUAUAGGGUGGCUCGUCGAACAGCUGGCAUCUCGGAGUUUAGCUUUCAGCCUAUCGGUGAUAACCAUAGCCAAGGGUGUUUAGCUGUAACAAUUCUUGUGUCGGGAUUGAUACACAAGCCUGAAGAUUUUGUGCUUCCGUGGGAGGGUCCAGAUGGUGAUGCAGAACGAUUUGCACUGAUUUGGGAGACAGAGCAUCUGCUGGCAGUUACGACAGCACUGCGUGACUGGAUGACAUCCCAGUUUGCAAAUGAGCUUGUGACACGUGGAGCAGCCUUGACUGUGCUUCAUGCGCUGUUUGCGGCAAUUGCAUUGCCAUCGGCACUUCUAUCACUCACCUCUAUGAUUGACAGUCGAUGGGCCAUUGUGCUCGACAGGCCGGUAACGCUGGUGGGCUUUUCCCUCGGUGCGAGACUGAUCUUUUCCUGCUUGGAGGAGCUUGCAAUCAGAGGCGAUUCUGCUGGAAUUGUGGAGAGGGUAGUGCUGCUCGGAGGACCCAUCCCUAUCGAUGAGAAACGAUGGCAAGCAGUUCGGGAGAUUGUUGCUGGAAGAUUCGUCAAUGGCUAUUCAUCGAAUGACUGGAACCUUGGCAUCGUGUACAGGGCAAGUAUUUUGACGCAUGAUCUUGCGGGAGUUACUCCAGUUGAAGUUCCGGGAGUGGAAAAUGUAAACCUUGCAAAACUCGUGAAGGGUCAUUCGUCCUACCUGAAGGAUCUGCCGAAGAUACUCGACGUCAUCGACAUCGACAGCCCUCUGCUUGUGUCUCUGUCUUCUGAUUCGAAGUGACAAGUUCUGCGAUGGAUUCAGUGCACGGCUCAUUUUAUUUUGUAUAAAAUCUACCAUAAAUUUAGUAUAAAAAGUUAUUAAAAACAGUAAAACUAUUGAAAACUU